AGAUUGCUCGGUCUCUAUUCUGAUAUUUUGAGUUGGAUGCAUGAGUUGAGUGUUUUGAGUAAGUGGUUGAGUCAAGUCUAGGUUGGUUGGUGAACAGAAGGGAGACUCUUCCUUUACUCGAUUUUGCUGCACUCGAAUGUCCUUUGUGUUGGUUGUCUAGGUUGCUAUUGAGGUUGUUCAUGUAUUGAUGUUUGAAAACCAGUACGAUUCACGUGUUCUGUGCCUUUAUGACUUGUCCCCAAUGUUUGUUGAUUGAAAUAUGUGAGCUUACCUUGUGUCUGACUUGGUUUGCUUGGGGACAAGCAAACGGUUAAGUGUGGAGGAAUUUGAUAGCAUCGUAUUUGCACGUGUUUUCACUCGGGUUUCCUGUCCAUUUUGGCUCGAAUUGAUUGUUCCUUGGCCUAUUUUACGCUAGGUUGUGUUGUUUUGUCGUAUUUCAGGUCCUAGCAAGUAAAGAGGUGCAUAGGCGCAAGUUUCAGGUCAUUUGGAGGUCAGAUGGCGAAUCACAGAAGGAAUUACGGGCAGCCCCUGCCAAAUUACGACCGUAAUUUGUCAGGGCAUGCCCGUAAAACAAUUGCCGAGCCUUUUCCCCAGAAUUUCCUCUCGCUGCUAAAACUACGGGCAAGACCCCCAAGAAUUACGACCGUAAUUCCCAAAUUACUGGCGGUAAUUGGGAAAUUACGGGCGUAUCUCCUCCUCCUUCAGCUUAAUUGAAACGUGCGUUUUGGGGCGAAUUACGGGCAGGACGUGAUUAUGGCCGUAAUUCAGCCCGUAAUUCGCCCAGAGUCGGGUUUUUGAAGCCAGAAUCGAGCCAAGGAAGGGGGAAUCGAAUUUCUUGAACAAAAACAGAGCCCUAGAGAGAGAAAGGACAAAGAACUCACCCUAGAAGCCAUCUUGGAGCUGGGUUUCAUCAAAUCAAGCUUGGAGAUCGUCCUAGGAGUGGAAAUCAUCAUCCCGGAGCAGAUUUUCCUCAUCUUUAUGAGUAUGACUACUCCUAUUACUGUUUUCCUCUCUCUCUAUGGAGUAGAACCCCUCUCUCACUUGGGGAUGAAGAACCCUAGUUCUAUGUGUUAGGAAUUGAUUGUAAUGACUUGGGAUGAGAUUACUGUUUGAUUUUAAUCGAAUGAUGCAUGCUUAUUGAGUCAAUUGAAGUCUGAUAAACUUUUCCUGAUUCCUGCUGCAAUCUGAGAUAGAUAGAAUCUGAUUAGGUUGCUAGAGUCUCAUCAUUCGAUAGUAGGAGAUUGGCUAUACGAGAGUUAGCCAGUUUACUGCUUUGUACUGGAAUCCAAUUCCAGUAGUGGAGUUCUGUUCUUACUGCUUCAGCUGUCUAUCCCGGUGAAGACUAGUCGUCUGCUGGGUAGUUAGACUGAGAGGGCUUGGUCAGCUUAAGAGAUUCCAAGCUACUGUCGGAUCUUCCACAGUCUAAUCAACAGUAAAUCAACCCAGGGAAAUACAAUUGAAACCUAACUAAGGAGCUAGGGGGACUCAUUCCCGAGUGACUCUUUCCUGCUUAAGAAAAACGAAUAAUUUCCUGUUUUAUUUCUGCUUUUGCUUUUAAACAACAAUCACUUACUUUAGUUGGCUAGAUAACAGAGAAUCACUGAGUAAGCAGUAGAUCUAGACCCCGGGUUGAUAAUAUAACUUGCCUGUUAGUGCAUUCCCGGUCUGCGAUUACACUUGGUCGCAGAUUGGUGUUGUAUUUUGGCGUGUCAAAUACUGUUAUCUUCCACCUGUCUGUCAAUCCUGUUGUGUAUUUGGGCAUGAUUGUUCUGCUCCCUGUGGUGAGAAUGUUAAGAAGAUUUGGCGAAAGAAAUUGAUUACCACUGUUGAUAUGGCCAGUUCGUCGAAGUAUGUAGAUUAGGAGGGUUCAGUUCGCUUGACUAUGUAACCAGUGAUUGGAUCUCCUCCAAUCACUCCUAGUGCUUUCCCAUCUCAGGAGGAUUUUAGUUUGGUUGUCAAUGGCGUGAAACCUUCUUUCCCGGUGAUAUCUGCUCUAGUAACUUUGACAAAUUCCUUUGCAGCAAUAUGUGCAAAGAAUAUCCAGCUGCAGAAUCAUCCGCCACUUCGUCGUGAAGGGUUACGUAGUCAGAAUGGGGUUCAAAAGGCCCCUCUUUGCAACUAUGAAUGUUUUAGUAUGGAAUAUGAGAGGCUUUAAUAGCUCCACGAAGCACGAUUAUGUGCUAGAGUAUAUACAUAAGUAUAAGGUUCAAGUGUUGGCACUGCUGGAAACUAGAGUUAAGAAGAGCAAUGCUAAGAAGAUACAAGAUAAGUUUAUUUUAUUAUUAAGGAUAACUAUAAUGCUCAUGCCCUUGGUAUAAUUUGGAUUUCCAGGCAAACAGAUGUGAAAUCGAGGGUUCUCCAUUGUGACACAUGUUGGUUUCCAUCUUGGCAACAUAGCAGUUUUUCUUUACUGCGCUUUAUGGCUUUAAUGAUGAGACUAAACGAUUGAGUACUUAUGCCUGAAUGAGGAAAUGACAGGUGAAGGGGUUUUCAUGGAUAGUUUGUGGUGAUUUUAAUGCUAUCUUAAGUCCAUUGUAGUCUUCUAACAGUGUGUCCAUUUUGCCUAAUAUGCAUAAUUUCCGUUCUUGGAUUGAUUUGAUGGAGUUAAAGUAUCACCAAUAUACAUGUCCUUUAUGUACUUGGUCUAACCAGCAACAAUCCCACCCUAUUGCUAAGAAGAUGGAUCGUAUGUUGGUGAAUAAUGAAUGGCUGAGUUCUCUUCUGGAUUAAGUGGUGGAAUUCCUAGCACCCUCUUUCUCCGACCAUUGUGGUAUUCUCAUUCGUCCUAUGGAGCAAAGGAAGUCUUUUCCCAAAUCCUUCCGGUUUUAUGAGAUGUGGAUGCAAUAUGAGACAUAUAAUGACUUGUUGACUAUGAUUUGGAGUCAUCCAGGCCAAGGAUAUAUCCUCCAGCAUGUUCUUAACAUAUUGAAGAAGCUGAAAACAGAACUAAAGCCCCUCAACCAUGAGGAAUUCUCGGAUAUAUCAGAUCGUGUGAAGGAGUCUGAUCAGACUAUGAAAGAAAAGCAAGUAAAUGCGUUGCAAAAUUCUUUUGAGGAGUCUUUUGAAGCUAAAAACAAGCUAUAGCUCUUUACCAGAAUUACAAGUGUGCCAAAGAAAGCUUUUACCGCCAAAAAACUCUGGGAGAUUUGAAUUCUUCAUUUUUCCAUAGAAGUGUCAAGGUGAGAAGGUCAAGAAAGCAAAUCGAAUGACUUGUUCUAGAUUCGGGGGAAGUAAUGGCUGAUGUUAGAGCAAAUUGCACAAGAAUUUGUUUCUUUCUAUCAAGCACUCUAUGGAACGAAGAAUGAGGAGAAUUCAGCGACAUUGAAUUUAGUCUUACCUUUUAUUUGAUUUCAUCUUUCAGAAACUGAUCGUCUCUCUUUGUGAAGAAGUUUCUGAUAGUGAAAUCAAGGAAGCUUUAUUUUCUAUGGAUGCUCACAAGGAACCUGGUCCAGAUGUUCGGCCAUCAAGUUUCUUUCAUCUAGUUGGGGUAUUCUAGGACUUGAUAUAGUUGUUGGUAUUAAAGACUUCUUUCGAUCAGGCCACCUGCCAAAAGGUAUCAAUGUUGCUUCCCUAACUCUGGCUCCCAAAGUACCGAAUGCAAAUAGAUUGCUUGCUUUUCACCCGAUUGCUAGCAUCAAUAUCAUUUAAAAAAUCAUUGCAAAGUUUCUGGCGUAAAGACUUCAGCAAGUUUUAUCUAUUGUCAUUAGUAUGAAUCAAUCAGCAUUUAUUAAAGGAUGUAGCAUUUUAGAUAACAUACUGAUCGAUGACACAGGAAAUGGUGUAAUGAUAUUCUAAGCGCAAUAUCUCAUCUAGAGUUGUAGUCAAGAUUGAUUUCCAUAAGGCGUUCGAUUCUGUUGACUAGGACUAUUUGUUCUUUGUAAUGGAAGGGAUGCACUUCCCUCCAGCAUUUCUUCAAUGGAUUGAAGUCUGUCUUUCAUCCGCCUACUUCAGUGUGACUAUCCAUGGCUCUUUUUUUGGCUUUUUUUCUUGCUUAGAAGGGUGUGAGACAGGGAGAUCCAUUAUCUCUCUAUCUGUUCACCAUUGCUCUUGAACCGCUAUCAUGUAUGCUUGAUUUUGCUGCUCAAACUUUUUCUAUCCCCUAUCGUCCUCAAUGCAAGGCUAUCAAGUUAACCCAUUUUAGUUUGGCGGAUGACCUUUCGAUACUUACUGAAGGUUUGGCUGCGGCGCUUUUGAAGGUAAAGCCGAUUUUUUUCUGAAUUUUAUAAGCUUUCAGGAUUGUGGUGUAACCCCAAUAAGUGUGAGGUUUUCUUUGGCGGAUCACCUGGUAGGUAACAUUAUCUUUAUUCUUUCAUUCUUUUUAACUUCAAAUUCAUUCAUGAAAAUAAUAUCGUACCCACUAAUAUUUAAUUUAUUCAUAGGGUUGAGUGUAUUUGGUGAUGGAGAUAAUAACGAUUGGAAAAAAGGAAGAGGUUGUUAGAUGGUGGAGAAAUAAAUUUAAAUAUUGGAGAAAAACAAUGAAUAUAUGAUAAUGUUUAUGGGUUGGAUAAGAUAAAGUAUACUAAGUGAAAAGUCAUUAUAUCAAAUAAUUUUUAUUAUUGUUCUGCUAUUAAUGAAAUGUAUCCAACCAAAGAUUUGAAACCCAGAUGUAGUAUCUGUUACAUACAUGGGACUAGGAGCACCUCCUUCUCUAGUCAUGGUUACAAAUGAUUUUCAGUCAAAAUUAUUGUGUGCUUAAUAAUAAUAAUAAUAAUAAUAAUAAUAAUAAUAAUAAUAAUAAUAAUAAUAAUAAUAAUAAUGAGCCUUCAGUUUGAGAAAGACAAUGAUAUUAUGUCCGCAAUCAUUUGGUUGACAAUCAGUCAACACUGCGUCGUUAAAAUUGAAGGAUUACAAACCUCUAAUAAUCAGCCCUACAUUGUGGUAAACAAAAUGCAGACAUAUUUUAAGCUUAAACAAAUAAAGCAACUUAGCAGUCCAUUUCGAAUACAUAGUUUCCCCUAUCAUAUUCCCCAAAUGGCUAAACUCCGCUUCACCAUCAGCAACACAAAAGAAAAGUAUACGCGGAUA